AUGCCCAGAAUCUGCUUUCAGAUUUUGACUUUCCUCAUCUUCACCACCUUCCCAUUCCAAGGAAACUCACAGUCACAGACUCAAAACACUAUUAGCUCAGAUGAAUUAGCCAUUUUGCUCAAACUCAAACAGUUCUGGGAUAACCCAUCUUCCCUUUCUCACUGGGACCAGUCAUCCGAUCACUGCAGUUGGCCGGAGAUCACUUGUUCUGACAAUUCAGUCACCCGAAUUAGCGCCUACAAUUAUGGAAUCAACGGAACAAUCCCAAGUUUCAUAUGCGACCUCAAGAAUCUCACGGUUCUUGUUCUGGGUUAUAAUUACAUUCCUGGGUCCUUCCCCACAGUCCUCUAUAACUGUUCCAAGCUCGAAUCUUUGGACCUGUCUCAGAAUUUUUUCGUUGGGACAGUUCCUAAUGAUAUUGACAGGCUAUCCCCAAAUUUGGAAAUCCUCAAUCUUGAGGGGAAUAACUUCACCGGCGACAUUCCUCCGGCUAUUGGGAAGCUGACGGCGCUGAAAAGUCUCCAUCUCACGGCGAACCUGUUUAAUGGCUCUUUCCCUGCAGAGAUUGGGAACUUGCUGAAUCUGGAAGAAUUGGCAAUGAGUGAUAAUGGGUUUGCACCCCAAGCUAUACCUUCCAGUUUUUCUGGGUUGAAGAAGCUGAAAACUUUGUGGAUGUAUAAAACAAAUUUGAUCGGAGCAAUCCCACAAGAUAUUGGGAAUUUGACAGCUUUGGAAUCCUUGGACUUAUCAAGAAACCAGCUGAGUGGUACAAUCCCUGAUGGUGUAUUUCAGCUAAAGAAUUUGAGUUUGCUGUACCUUUACAAGAACCGGUUGUUUGGUCCAAUAGCUCAGUCAGUUGAGGCCUUGAAUUUGGGGUUGAUUGAUCUCUCCAAUAACAGCUUGACAGGGAAAAUUCCUGAUGAUUUCGGAAAACUGACAAAGUUAACAGGGCUGGCCCUGUUCUUUAAUCAGUUUUCUGGAGAGGUUCCUGCUAGCAUAGGCAUGUUACCUGCACUGCAAAAUUUCAAACUGUUCACCAAUAAUUUUUCAGGUCAGUUGCCUCCAGAACUGGGGAAACACUCGAAGCUGAGGACCUUUGAGGUUUCUGACAACCAUUUUGUUGGAAACUUACCUGAGGGUUUAUGCACAAGUGGAAUCCUCUUGGGGGUGGUUGCUUUCAACAACAAUCUUACAGGAACAUUACCUCAAUCCCUUGGGAGCUGCAACAGCCUGGAAGUGGUUCUUGUUCAUGGAAAUCGACUGUCGGGUCGAAUUCCUGAUGGCUUGUGGACAGCCACAAAUAUGUCUCAGUUGAUGGUAAGUGAUAACUCAUUCACAGGCCAGCUACCCAACAGUGUUUCCGGGAAUAUGUCGAUUAUCGACAUCAGUAAUAAUCAGUUUGAUGGGAAAAUUCCAGAUGGAGUUUCCUCCUGGACUAGUCUGAGGACGUUCAAGGCAAGUAAUAACCACUUGACUGGUGUUAUUCCUGAAGGGUUGACCUCUCUAGCUGAGCUUAACUCACUUUUCCUGGAUGGUAAUCAAUUAUCUGGGAGCUUACCUUCAAGCAUAAUCUCAUGGAAGGGGUUGAAUGUGUUGAAUUUCAGUAGAAACCAGCUUUCUGGUCCAAUUCCUGGUGCACUAGGUCUGUUACCAGUCCUUACUGAUCUGGAUUUAUCACAGAAUGAAUUCUCAGGUCAAGUUCCAACUCAAUUUGGUCAGCGGCUGCUGAUAGUUCUCAACCUCUCGUCCAAUCGCCUUUCGGGCGAAAUCCCUGCUGCAUUGCAGAAUGCUGUUUAUGACAGGAGCUUCUUGGAAAAUCCUGGUCUUUGUGCAAGGAAUCCGUCAGUAAACAUCCGCUCCUGUGUUUCGAAGGGGCCGAGCAGACUUUCUUCCAGAUUUGUUGCAGCUGUUUGCAGUAUUAUUGCAGUGCUUUUGUUGGUAGCUUUAGUCUAUGCUUUCUUCGUGAUCAGGGGUUACAAAAAGAAAAAUCAGAAAUUGCAUUCAACGUGGAAACUAACCUCAUUUCACAAGUUGGAUUUCACUGCAUCGUCGAUACUGUCAAAUUUGACAGACAACAACAUGAUUGGAAGUGGAGGAUCAGGAAUGGUGUACCGUGUUCCUACUCAUCGCGCAGGCGAAUAUAUAGCCGUGAAAAAGAUUUGUAACAGCAACAGGUUGGAUGAGAAGCUUGAGAAAGAAUUUUUUGCGGAAGUUGAGAUAUUGGGAACUAUCAGACAUUCCAACAUAGUAAAGCUGAUGUGCUGCAUUUCUACGGAGAAUUCAAAGCUACUAGUAGAAGGCAACCAUGGAGACGAGACAUCAUCUCUAGCAGAAUGGGCGUGGCGUCACUGUAGAGAAGAGAAACAAAUAAUUGAUGCCAUAGAUGAGGACAUUAAGGAUUCAUAUUACUUGGACGACAUAAUCACCGUGUUUAAACUAGGUAUAUUCUGCACUAAUUCAGUACCCUCGAGCAGGCCUACAAUGAGGGAAGUUUUGCAAGUACUUCUCCGCUGUGUUGACCUAAAGUCACCUGGAGAAAAGAAUGGCAGAAGUGAGUAUGACAUUGCUCCUCUCCUCAAGAACUCAAGGCGUGAAAAUUCAUUAACAGGGGGGGAGGAUUCCAGUCUUGAGUCAAUCGUGUGA